UUUUAUCAGAUUCUGUAAGGGAGUGCCACGCAAUAGAAAUACGGUGUGAGCCACACAUGUGAUUUUACAAGUAAAAAGAAACAGGCACCAUGACUCCCAUGAGGACCCAGCACUCGUUGGCGGGGCAGACCUAUGCAGUGCCGCUCAUCCAGCCAGACCUGCGGCGAGAGGAGGCCAUCCAGCAGGUGGCAGAUGCCCUUCAGUACCUGCAGAAGGUCUCUGGAGACAUCUUUAGCAGGAUCUCCCAGCGAGUAGAGCUCAGCCGGAGGCAGCUGCAGGCCAUUGGGGAGAGGGUCUCCUUGGCCCAGGCCAAGAUUGAGAAGAUCAAGGGCAGCAAGAAGGCCAUCAAGGUGUUCUCCAGUGCCAAGUACCCAGCACCAGAGCGUCUGCAGGAGUACGGUUCCAUCUUCACAGGUGCCCAGGACCCUGGCGUGCAGAGACGCCCCCGCCACAGGAUCCAGAGCAAGCACCGCCCCCUGGAUGAGUGGGCCCUGCAGGAGAAGCUGAAAUACUUCCCUGUGUGUGUGAACACCAAGCCAGAGCCUGAGGAUGAGGCCGAGGAGGGGCUCGGGGGCCUUCCCAGCAACAUCAGCUCCGUCAGCUCCUUGCUGCUGUUCAACACCACUGAGAACCUGUACAAAAAGUACGUCUUCCUGGACCCCCUGGCUGGUGCUGUAACGAAGACCCACGUGAUGCUGGGGGCAGAGACAGAGGAGAAGCUGUUCGAUGCCCCUUUGUCCAUCAGCAAGAGGGAGCAGCUGGAGCAACAGGUUCCAGAGAACUACUUCUAUGUGCCUGACCUGGGUCAAGUGCCUGAGAUCGACGUGCCAUCCUACCUGCCUGACCUGCCAGGCAUCGCUGAUGACCUCAUGUACAGUGCUGACCUGGGCCCCGGCAUCGCCCCCUCCGCCCCUGGCACCAUUCCAGAGCUGCCCACCUUCCACACAGAGGUGGCCGAGCCUUUCAAGCCAGACCCGGAAGAUGGAGUGCUGAUAGCACCCCCACCCCCACCCCCACCCCCUCCGCCUCCCCCAGCUCCAGCUGUGCUGGUCAGCACUCCGCCACCCCCACCCCAGACCCUGGCCUCCCCGGGCCAAGGUGCCAGGGAAGAAGACCGCAGUGGUGGCUUGUCUCCAGCUACAGUCCAGGGAGCUCCCAAGGAAGUGGUGGACCCCUCCAGUGGCCGGGCCACUCUCCUGGAGUCCAUCCGCCAGGCUGGGGGCAUCGGCAAGGCCAAGCUACGCAGCGUCAAGGAGCGCAAGCUGGAGAAGAAGAAACAGAAGGAGCAGGAGCAAGUGAGAGCUACAAGCCAAGGUGGGGACCUGAUGUCGGAUCUCUUUAACAAGCUGGUCAUGAGGCGUAAAGGUAUCUCUGGUAAAGGACCUGCAACAGGGACCGGUGAGGGGCCAGGAGGAGCCUUUGCCCGAAUGUCAGACUCCAUACCGCCUCUGCCUCCCCCACAGCAGCCACCUGGAGAAGAAGAUGAGGACGACUGGGAAUCCUAGGGGUUAGCCGUUCCUUCCCCACCAAAACCCAGAUUUAGUUACUGCCCUCACAUGGGCAUGGCUAGGAAGGGCUGCCUGGCCCGUGAGUCGCUCUGCCCCUGCUGCCCUUGGAGGAACAGGGAUUGUGGAGAACUGCCCCCCUCCCAGGUCUGUGCCCGGAACCUUCUUCAAGGAGUGAGGUGGCCAGCUUCUGAGGCCAAAUGGCUGGGAGGGGGGAGCCCCCUGCUCUCUGCCUGUGCUCUCCUCCAGCUACAGACUGAAAUAAAUACGUGGAUCAAUAAAGACAUAAUACCGCAAGAACCAAGCAUAAA